AUGCAGACCUAUAUGCAAUCCGCGACUGCUAGAUUGGAAAAGUGGAGGAUUAGGCGAAGAGACACAGAGGAAUGGAUGAGGCACCGUCAACUACCUCUAGAGUUGCAAGAACGUGUUUGCCAUUUCGUUCAAUACAAAUGGUUAGCUGCAAGAGGUGUAGACGAAGAAAGCAUCUUGAAAUCCUUACGUAUGGAUAUCCGACGUCAGAUUCAACGGCAUCUCUCUCUGGCUCUUGUUCGACGCGUCCCAUUUUUCGCUCAAAUGGACGAUCAACUGCUAGAAGCAAUAUGUGAGCGUCUUGUGUCAUCUUUGAACACCAAAGACACGUUCAUAGUCCGGGAGGGUGAUCCGGUAAACAAGAUGCUUUUCAUCAUUAGAGGACAGUUCGAAAGUUCGACAACAAAUGGUGGAAGGUCAGGAUUUUUCAACUCGAUCACACUCAGGGCUGGUGACUUCUGUGGUGAAGAAUUGUUGACAUGGACUCUAAUGCCAACCUCUCUCCUGAAUUUACCUGUAUCCACUCGAACUGUGAAGGCUCUCUCUGAAGUGGAGGCCUUUGCUCUUAGAGCCGUAGACCUCAAGUUUGUUGCUAAGCAAUUCAAACGGUUGCAUAGCAAGAAAUUGCAGCUUGCUUUCAGGCAAGAGAGCUUAUUUUAUUCUCAAGUUUUGGAUGGAGAGGUGGAAUAUUAUUACAGUGAUGAAGGUGGUGAUGAAAGAUCAUUAGUGGAUAGUUCAAACAGUGGUUCGCAUCUUGCAGCAACCAUGCUUGCUUCAAAAUUUGCUGCAAAUACAAGAAGAGGAGUUGGCCAUCAUAAGCUUUCUAGGCCCGAUGAUUCCACCUUACAAAUGCCCAAGUUUUUCAAACCAGAGGAGCCUGAUUUUUAUGCAGAACAUGAAGAUAAUUAA